GAUGUUACCGGUCUGGUGAUACGGGGUCGCAGAUCUAUAUAGGGCUUUUUUCUUUCCUUUGCGUUGUGCAUGUUACAUACAGGCUUCCACCACUCCCACCAACCCCUUUCACCACCAAUCCCAGCCGGUUAUUUGGGACCAGAGGUCGUUUUGUUUCGGUUUACCUUGAUUACUUUCGAUUACCUCAAUUCCUCGAUUGCAAGAUGGGAAAAUGCCCCGCUCGGUUCAGUCAUGCAAGGAUCUGGGCAUAUUGUGGGUUGGGGGGAAGUUUGGGGGGGACUGCCAUCGACGUCAGCUUGCGCCGCCGACGAGGGAGGCGAUCGUCGUUGUGCACUUUCCAUGGCUCUUCUCUCGGCCGUACCUCUGCCAUUUCCAGGUACCGAGUAACUACACCUGGCAUGCUAUUCUGGUUACCCGAUGGUCACACCGUGGACUAUGCUCCGGUACGUAACUUGACUACUGUACUCUAUGAAAAUGUACUACUCAGUAUGUCCGAACAGUGCAGUCUACGUACUCCUCCCUCCAAACACAACCCCCCCCCCAUGAUGACGAUGAAUUCAUUCGGUGGUCAUUGUAACCCCACCACCACAACUACCACCACCACCCCUUGCGUCCUCAAACGAGGGUCCAGACAACGUGGCCCGGCCGAUCAGGAAUCGCCUGACCUGAGAGCUGGAGCGAUGCUGCAACGACGAUGAUGUCGUUGAUGUCCGUGGUGCGGAGGCGCUUCUUUGGCUCUCCUUCCCUGUCCCUCCGACGUCAUAUCGCUCGACUUCUCCAGUCGCUCAUGCGAAGUCAUCGCAGUCUUUCCCU